GUCCCUGAUAAUUAUGAAACCUAAUAAUUUCGUCGUUGUGGCUCUCGCGCUCGGCUUGCUCGCAAGUCACCGGGCAGCCUCUCUGCCUUUUCCUUAUACAACAUGCCAGCAGGAGCCUGCAGCUUACAGCGUAAGCUCAGUUGUAACGACGCCGUCGGCGAAUACGUAUUGCUUCAACAUCUCCGUGAAUAUACCACCCGGUUGCGCUGGGUAUUGCUGCUCGGCGGACCUGAAGAAAUUUGAGCUAAACGUCAAUUCAGAAUGCAAGGUUUCCGGCGCCAAGCUGAGUGCCACCCUCAACGGCAAGCCAACCCCCACAGCACCCACGCUUGACCGGGCUCCCAACGAGCCGGCUGGCGUCAUCCUGCGCAUCACUAAUCUAGGUCUCAACAUGGCCGAUGCCGAUGGCGCUCAAAUCUGUGUGACUCUAGGCACCAACUCCGCCGGCAGGGGCUGCCUCUCCCUGGAGCAGCUCUGCAAGCCACCGGCCGGCGGUGCUCCCGGCACCUGCGAGACUGCCCUGUGGGACUCCGAGUUCGACUGCUGCCCCAUCGACGUCGUUGGGGCGCCCACGCCGCCUCCGCCUGCAACGUUGACCCCCGAACCCUGCCCUGUCUGCAUCAACGCCAUCCUCACCCCGCCUCUGAUCGACUAUCGCCCAUUUCGCUUUGACGCCGAGAGCUGCCGUACAUUCCAGGAAUUCGUCGCCAGCAAAAUCAACGGCCUGAUCAUGGAAAGCAACACACCGCAUGUGUCGCUUUUCACGCCCAACGCCUCGCUGUGUCAGCCUUUCCAGAUGAGCGUCUGUGGCACAUUUGCCUCGGCAGAUGCUGCCAAGAGCUUGGAAGAGGCGGUCCUGGAGCUGGGUCCAUUGUUCCUCUUGGAGUCCGCCCGAGGCCGCCCAUGUCACCCCGUCCUGGAGGGCUACGGGCUUACGAUCACCACCCUUGACUCUCCGGGAGUGGACCCCGCCGCGCCGCUGUGCAUGGACGUGUCCGUUGCCCAAGGUUGCUUUGUGCCCCCAUCUCCACCUGUGAACUGCACGUGCGACACGAGCAAGGGCUCUUUGCCGUUUAUCGCCAGCGGCGCCUACGCAGAGACUUCGUUGCCUGGCUUGACAAAGUACUGUUUCAAGACCAUUGUCUUUGAAGAUCUCCCACCGAGCCCCUGCAGCCCCACCGAUACGUUGCAAAAGAUCGAGUUCUAUGCGGACCAAAGCCUGAGCAGGUUUGUCAAGUCUUUCGAGCUGAUCCCCACCCCGGGCACCGGCACAGUGAGCACCAGGGCGCCUUCAUGGAACGCCCCCGGCAGCAACAUGCUUAAGGUCACCAACAUCAACUGGACUAAGGCGCAAGCUGCGAAUGGCACGGUGUGCCUGAAUGUGCAAAAGCCCGUUACCAUGGCGGAGCUUUGCGAUACUGUCACCUGCUACCUGUACAUGUUCGGCCCCGACAGGAGCUGCUGUCCGGUCUACACCCUAAACGUCAAUCCAGAAUGCAAGGUCUCCAGCGCCAAGCUGAGUGCCACCCUCAACGGCAAGCCAACACCCACAGCACCCACGCUUGACCGGGCUCCCAACGAACCGGCUGGCGUCAUCCUGCGCAUCACUAAUCUGGGUCUCAACAUGGCCGAUGCCGAUGGUGCUCGAAUGUCCGGUUGCUGCACGUGUCGUAACUAAAACCCCGCAACACACGUGUCAUGUCCUCUUGCCCUUUCCCCCCUACUUAUUGCUGGCUGCUUUUUGCGUUGUCGUACCAAUCCAUGCCUUCUCCGUCUUCAUGGGGUACUUAGAGCCCCUGCGGCCCUACCGAUACGUUGCAAAAGAUCGAGUUCUGUGCGGCUACCUGUACAUGUUCGGCCCCGACAGGAGGUGCUGUCCGGUCUACACCGUGGGUCCGCCCUUCGGGUCGCCAUAGGGAAAAGGCUUACACGCGACUGGUACAGCCACACUGUGUAGCAUAACAUCCAUAUGUGGAUUUUGAGGACAAUGUACUGAUAUCUAUUCCUCAGGCAAUUAACUUGACCUGCGUUCGCAUUCGAAUGCCCGGCUCGUAUGGGUAGUCUUACAGGUAUGGGGUCACGCACCCGCAACCAUGUAACACACACACACAGGAUGCCCGCCUGCCCGAAGCGCAGCUUCUCCCUGGACGUAGCGGGAAAUAGAUGAGCCUUUGGGUGUUUGUGUGUAAACCCUUGUGUUGCUGGUCCAUGGCACACGACUGGUCAACGGGCGGCUAAGGGGCUCAGGGGUAUGAGCCGCCACGGAAAUGGGCGAGUGUGGGCUCGUGGACGAUGCAGACCUGUCAUCAUGUCGGACCGCGUGCGUUGAGGGGCCUCGUGGGUACGGUUAAAUCAAUUUUGUGGACUGUAGGUAUUAAAGAAACAUUGGCAAGUCCGUGUAAACGCGGCGGUACGGGAAUUAGUAAGUGUGUGUAUGGGCAGCGAGCCGGGCUUAUUACAUCGGAUUUCAUCGGAUUUGGAAUGCUUUGGUUCAAGGGAAUCCUGCGGGUUAUUACAAUGCAUGUGGAGCAGUUGAAAUCCAACAUCCUCAUCUGUACAUUACCCGCUGCGUGUUAGCUCUUCG